AUGGCGAUCGUGACGACCUCUCUUGCCUUCAACAUAGCCACGGCUCCGGCGAGCAAUACGCAGACCUCGUUCAUUGCUUUCGCUCGUCCCACAGUCUCCGCACCCGCUUCAAGCACCAUGUCUGGCGAGAACGGUGGUGGCGAGUGCGAAUUGCUUGGUCCGUUUGCCAUACUUGUUCAAGGGGCGCUGGGAGCCCUUGCGUUGUUGUCUUUGGUGUACAAGAGGUGGAGAGAGAGGCCUCAACGGCCACUCAAAGUUUGGUCCUUCGAUGUCUCAAAGCAGGUGGUGGGCUCGAUCUUACUGCAUCUGGCCAAUCUCGUCAUGUCGCUGUUUUCCUCUGGUCAUAUAGAACAGAGCCUGGCAAAGACUGCGGCAACAACGCUUGGAGCCACGACGGAGGAUGCAUAUCAACCUAACCCGUGCUCGUUCUAUUUGCUCAAUCUAGCUAUCGACACUACCAUUGGGAUUCCUAUCCUCAUCCUCAUCCUCAAGGUGAUCACGGUGGGGGCAAGUUACACUUAUUUGGCAAAUCCUCCCGAGUCGAUUUCAUCCGGUCAUUACGGCAGGCCACCCAAGGCGACCUGGUGGCUCAAACAAUGCCUGAUCUACUUUCUCGGACUUCUAGGCAUGAAGACCUGUGUGUUCAUCAUCUUCCAGCUCUGCCCGUGGCUGGAACGCGUGGGCGAUUGGGCGCUUCGCUGGACGGAGGGCAAUGAAGCUGUCCAGGUAGCCUUUGUCAUGUUGAUCUUUCCGUUGCUCAUGAACGCCGUGCAGUAUUACAUCAUUGACACAUUUAUCAAAGAGAGCGCUCCAGAAGACGAGCAUGACCAGGAAGAAGAUCACGGACAAGGCGACGAGCAGCACGGUUUACUGGCGGAAGAAGAUCCAGGCCAUGGCGCAUCCAUUGAUGAUGAGGAGGGAUGCAAGAGUGGUGUCGCCGUUUCUCACUCCAAGUACAGCUCCGCGAGCGCGUCGUAUGACCCGGACAAAGACGGCGAAGUGAUCAUUGACACGAACAUACGGCAAGGCGAGGCCAGCAGUCUUGCAAGUCACGCGGAAGAAGAGGCGGUGGAACACCCACCCAGGAUCUGA